GUGAAGUGGUAGUGUGGUAGUAAUCCAGGCAGGAAAAAGAUCAAAUGGCAUUUACUUCUCAUUUAUUGCAUUCACCAACACUAGCGCAUAUUGAGAAGCUGCAGUUUCAUCCACAUUUAAUGCUCUUUCUCUUCUCUUUUCACUACAUUCUUGGAUGCAACAAACAACAACAGCAACCUUCAUCAACAUCCUAUCUUCACUAGAUUUGUUGUCAAAAAUUUUCAUCUUUUUGUGAAUCAACUGCAUGCAAAGCAAAAGUAUGAGCUAGUAGCCCGGGUUUUGCCAGCCAGAAAUGCUUACUAAGCAACAGCUUCAUGGCUGCUUAAGCUAGGUUGUCGCUCCAAAAGUGAUCUAGUGAAAGUUUUUCUCAUCCCAAGUUGCAGAAGGGUACGUCUUUCUUGACAAAAAAAAAAAAAGGAGAAACAAACACCGACUUACCUGCUAAUUGGAGAGGAACAGUGACAGUGGUUUGGUUUCCAUUCAAGAACUGCAUAAGUGUUUUGAUCUGGGCUUUUUGGUAAGGAGCUUCUGAUAUUUGGUUUUGGUUACAUUCUCAACUCCAUAGCUAUUUUCUUGAUGGAAAUCAUGUUUACACUUUAUACUGCUGCUUAAUUUUUGCUCUCUUUAAGCACGGAUGCAAUGCUACAGUAUCAGGCAAUUUCAAUGUAGAAUUUAGCUUUUGCAAGGCAUUUUUACACUCCAGACUGUACUCUUUACUGAUUUAUUAUAUCAUUCUGGGUUUAAAAGAGAAGCAUACAACUUUAAAGCAUGAAUAAAGUCUGAUUCAAAUUCUAGUCCGGGUGGCAAAUUGUAUAGUGUUGAUGUGGGUGUGGGUGUGGAUUCCAUUAUCUUUGAAUAGUUAGGUUCUGCAAUGGGAGUUGUCAGCUUACUGCUGAGAGGUUCCUCUCUCUGGGUCUUGAGGAGCGCAUGGAAAGUUGAAUUUCUUGUACAACUUGUGGCUUUAUUAAAUUUGUGGUGGGUAGUUUCAGGUUUGGGCUCAAUGUCAACCAUUGCCAUUUCCUAUGGUGAGAAUGGUCCUGUUUUGUGCGGUUUAAAAUCUGAUGGGUCUCAUCUUGUGACCUGCUAUGGAUCGAACUCGGCAGUAAUAUAUGGGACCCCUUCUCAUUUCCCGAUUCUAGGUCUAACUGCUGGUGAUGGCUUUGUUUGUGGGCUGUUGAUGGAUUCCAACCAACCUUAUUGUUGGGGAAGCAGUAGCUAUAUCCAAAUGGGAGUUCCUCAGCCAAUGAUCAAGGGAGCUGAGUACAUAGAAAUCAGUGCAGGCGAUUACCAUUUAUGUGGUUUGAGAAAGCCUUUAACAGGAAAGCGUAGAAAAUUUUCUUUUGUUGAUUGUUGGGGGUAUAAUAUGACCAAGAACUAUGUAUUCGAUGGGCAGAUCCAAUCAAUCUCUGCAGGCUCUGUGUUUAACUGUGGAUUGUUUUCUCACAACAGCACUGUUUUCUGUUGGGGUGAUGAGACCAGCAGCCGUGUCAUUAGCUUGAUUCCGAGAGAAAUGAGGUUUCAAAAGGUUGCAGCCGGUGGUUAUCAUGUUUGUGGAAUUUUAGAGGGAUUGAAUUCUAGAGCCUUUUGCUGGGGAAGGAGCUUGAACCUUGAAGAAGAACUCUCGGUGGCAUAUUCUCGUCAAGGAAAUGUUGAUUUGCCACCAAAAGAUCCAAUGCUUACGGUUGUUGGAGGAAAGUUCCAUGCUUGUGGAAUCAAGAGCUCUGAUCAUGAAGUGGUUUGCUGGGGUUUUAUUGUCAAACCGAGUACCCCUGCUCCUCGAGGCGUUAAAGUCUAUGAAAUUGCAGCUGGAAAUUACUUCACUUGUGGUGUUAUAGCCGAGAAAUCCUUUCUCCCAGUUUGUUGGGGUGUUGGGUUCCCUACCUCACUCCCUCUGGCUGUCUCAUCUGGACUUUGCAAAGACACUCCUUGUGCACCCGGUUUCUAUGAAGUUCGUCAAGAGAAUGCACCUUGCAAGUCUCCUAGCUUUCAUAUUUGUAUGCCAUGCAGCAAUGGCUGCCCUGCUGAAAUGCACCAAAAAUCUGAAUGUACUUUGAAAGCUGAUCGAGUGUGUGGUUUUGAUUGUUCUAGUUGUAUCUCAGCGAAAUGCUUCUCUAACUGUUCUUCUUCAUAUUCUGAUGCUGCUAAUGGAAGAAAGAAUGAAAGGUUUUGGUCACUGCAACUGCCAAUCAUCAUUGCGGAGAUUGCCUUUGCUGUGUUACUGGUGACUAUUGUGUCCUUAUCUGCAGUCCUAUAUGUUCGCUACAGGUUGCAGAAAUGUCCCUGCUCAUCAAGAGAGUCAAAGUCCAAGAAAGCCAAAGGGAGUGCUCCUUACCAAAAAGACAAUGGGAAAAUCCGUCCCGACUUGGAUGAGCUUAAGAUCAGGAGAGCUCAGAUGUUCACUUACGAAGAACUUGAGAGGGCCACAAGUGGAUUUAAAGAAGAAUCCGUAGUUGGAAAGGGGAGUUUCUCAUGUGUUUAUAAGGGGUUAUUGAAGGAUGGGACUGUUGUUGCAGUCAAAAAGGCUAUAAUGUCUUCAGAUAAGCAGAAGGAUUCAAAAGAGUUCCACACAGAGCUUGAUCUACUGUCAAGACUGAACCAUGCCCAUUUACUGAAUCUGCUUGGCUAUUGCGAAGAAGGUGGAGAACGGCUUCUUGUUUAUGAGUUCAUGGCUCAUGGAUCUUUGCACCAGCAUCUCCAUGGAAGGUACAAAGCCUUGAAAGAGCAAUUGGAUUGGGUCCGAAGGGUCACCAUUGCAGUCCAAGCUGCCCGGGGUAUUGAAUACUUGCAUGGUUACGCUUGCCCACCAGUGAUUCACAGGGACAUCAAAUCCUCAAAUAUUCUUAUUGAUGCAGAACACAAUGCUCGAGUGGCUGAUUUUGGUCUCUCUUUGCUUGGACCGGCCGAUAGUAGCUGCCCCUUGGCUGAGCUACCGGCUGGAACACUUGGUUAUCUUGAUCCAGAGUACUAUAGGCUUCACUAUCUCACAACUAAAUCCGAUGUCUACAGCUUUGGUGUUCUGCUUUUGGAAAUUUUAACUGGACGAAAAGCCAUUGAUAUGCAAUAUGAAGAAGGGAAUAUAGUGGAGUGGGCAGUUCCUCUGAUUAAAUCAGGAGAUAUAUCUGCAGUUCUGGAUCCUGUCUUGAAACCUCCAGCUGAUCUUGAAGCCUUAAAAAGGAUAGCAAAUGUGGCUUGCAAAUGUGUUAGAAUGAGAGGAAAGGAUAGGCCAUCUAUGGAUAAAGUGACCACAGCCUUAGAGCGGGCUCUUGCACAGUUGAUGGGCAGUCCAUGUAAUGAACAACCAAUUUUGCCAACUGAAGUGAUCUUGGGAAGCAACAGAUUGCACAAGAAGUCCUCUCAAAGGUCUUCAAAUAGGUCAGUCUCGGAAACUGAGGUAGCAGAACCUGAGGAUCAAAGGUUCGAAUUCAGAGCUCCUUCAUGGAUUACCUUCCCUAGUGUAACUUCUUCUCAGAGGAGAAAAUCCUCGGUAUCUGAAGCUGAUGUUGAUGGAAAGAACUUAGAAGGGAGAAACAUGGGAAAUCUGGGGAAUGUUGGGGAUGCUUUGAGAAGCUUGGAAGAAGAGAUAGGACCUGCUUCUCCUCAAGAAAGCGUGUUCUUGCAGCACAAUUUCUAAAAUGACCCAUGAAAAUGUUUUGAAUUGCUGUCUAUCUGUGAGGGUUCAGGUUAGUUUGUUGAAGGAAAUGGAAAUGUAAAAAUGGAGAAUGGGAGGAUAUAAUUUUCAGGAUUCUAGUACUAC